UCUCAUUUCCCACCACCAAAAUUCAACACUCUACCUCCUCCCCACUCUCCCUAAUCAUACACCAGGCUCUGCGAGUUCUUGUGAGAAAAACAAAUCAAGAGAGAGAGAGAAAGAGAAAGAGGAGAGAGAUGGCCUCGGGUACGCUCUCGACCGCGAUGGUGAGCUCCAACACCGCAUUCACCCAGCGCCGUUCGGCGGUGCUGUGUGGCGCCCUUCCGAAGGUUGGUUAUACGGCAUUUGGUGUCAGGAGCGCUCGGGGUGGCCGAGUGACUGCCAUGGCCACCUACAAGGUGACGCUGGUGACUCCGGAGGGAACUAAGGUGCUUGAGUGCCCCGACGACACCUACAUUUUGGACCAAGCCCUCGAUACGGGCAUCGACCUUCCCUACUCAUGCAGGGCGGGCUCGUGCUCGUCAUGCGCUGGCAAGAUCAAGGGUGGCACCGUCGACCAGUCGGAUGGGAACUACUUGGACGAUGACCAGCUCAGUGAGAACUGGGUCCUCACUUGUGUCGCUUUCCCUAUGUCUGAUGUCACCAUAGAGACCCACAAGGAAGAGGAGCUCAUGGGCUGAUAUUCGUCCCUCUUCUCUGUAUAGGUUGCAGCUUCUUUGAGCCUUGUCAUUCUUGCUCUCUCUCUCUCUAAAGUUGCACCUUGUUUGAUCCUUUUCUCCUGAUUCCCUUCUCAAGACUGUUUUUACCUGGUUUAGAUUUCGUUCUCUCUCUCUUUUUCAUGAGUAAUUGUUUGUUAGUAUAUGCUUAUGUAAGAGGUUGAUUAAACUGAAAGCAGAUUCUCCAUUCUACAUAUUUGUGA